AUGACCGGUACACACCGCGCCGCCAUCCUCCCACAGCAGGGUGGUCCCUUAUCCAUCGAAGAUCGCGCCACUCCAGAGCCCGGCCCAAAUGAAAUCCUGAUCGAAGUCAAGGCCGUCGCUCUAAACCCCGUCGACUAUAGUCAGCGCGACUCCGGAUUCCCUCCCGUGCCUAGCUACCCAGCUGUCCUAGGGUCUGAUACCUCUGGUCUCAUCGCAAAAGUAGGCAGCGAUGUCUCCGCUGACCUAGAACCAGGAAGUCGAGUCGUUGCAUUCGCCUCCUCUUUCUAUCAGAACGGCUCGCCAGAUCACGGUGCUUUUCAGAAGUAUGCUCUGGCACAGUCCGAAGGUGUGACUUUGCUUCCGGAUAAUAUCUCUUUCGAAGAAAGCGCAGUACUACCCUUGGCUGUCCUGACUAGCUUGACUGCCUGGACUACUAUUGGCAUCUCGCUCGAUACCAGGUAUACACCGCAAGACAAACAGGCGAUUCUCAUUUGGGGUGGUGCUAGCAGUGUGGGCAUGUUGGCGAUUCAGUCAGCCAAGUCGCUUGGCUUUACCGUCUAUGCUACGGCUAGUCCUAAGCAUCACGAAUAUCUCAAGAAGCUCGGAGCGCACGCAGUAUUCGACUACAAAUCCAGUGAUGUUGUUUCACGGCUCGUGGAGACUGUGAAGAGUGAUGGUGUCCGUCUGCAUACUGCACACUGUGUCGUUGAAGGUGGUCUGCAGCCAACGCUGGACGUUUUCAGAGAGACGAAGGGUGAUGUGGCAGCUAAGGUUGCCCAUGCGCCUGUCUUGCCUGCGGAGCACCCUAUACUCGACAACACGGAGAUCAAGUUCGUGUUCCCAUCUAUGGAUCCGGUUGAGAGGAGUAAACACAUACACCGGUGCUUCCAGAUUUGGCUGAGAGGCGGUCUAGAGUCUGGUUCAGUCGUUCCUAGCCCACCUCCCCAGACCGAGCAGGGUGGACUAGAAGGGUUGAAUCAGGCACUAGACAAAUUGAGGUCAGGUGUCAGUGGAUCUAAGAUUGUCUUGUCGAUAUGA